AUGGAUAAUUUGUACAGUUAUGAUUAUCAAUUUCGUAUGAUUGUUGUUGGAGAUUCUACUGUUGGAAAGUCAUCAUUAUUACGAACAUUUUGUGAUGGCAGUUUUUCUCCAGAUCCAGAUCCAACAGUUGGUGUGGAUUUUAAUGUGAGAAUAGUUGAAGUAAAACCAGGUGUUAAAGUCAAAUUACAAUUAUGGGAUACAGCCGGUCAAGAACGAUUUAGAAGUAUUACACGUGCUUAUUAUCGUAAUUCAGUUGGUGUUCUUCUUAUAUAUGAUACAACAAAUUAUGUUAGUUUUACACAUGUAACUAAUUGGUUAAACGAUGCUCGUCAACAAAUUGAACCAUAUCAUUGUGUAUUUCUUCUUGUUGGUACGAAAAUUGAUCGAGAAUCCGAACGACAAGUAACAACAGAAGAAGGUAAAGCAUUUGCUGAUUUUCAUAAUAUCUCAUUUAUUGAAACAUCAUCAAAAUCAACAUUAUAUGUUCAAGAAGCAUUUGCAUUAAUAGCUCGUGAAAUUUAUGAUCUAUUAACUGAAGGACAUAUUCAUGUUCAAAAAGGGUGGGAUGGAGUUAAAACUGGUCCCAAUACAGCAAGUUCAAAUCAGAAUCAAUCAGUUAAUAUUACACAAAACGAUCAACCUAAACGAAAUACUUGUUGUGGUAGUUAG